UCACCAUUGAACUUUUUAUCAUUCAAUCAUUAUAUGAGUACUACACACAAAAGUUUAGUUUACAUCAAAGAUUACAGUUUAGGAGCCUGCGGGCAUCUGGGACUGUCAUCUAUGUACACAACGAUGUAGCGCAGCUGUUCGAGGCUUGAAGGUGGCGGAGAUUUCUGUUUGACUGCAUAGCCGGGAAGUACGCCGAUGAUUCGUUUCCCCAGUGGGACUGUUGACGGUCUCUCUUGCUUCUUAUCUAUCCCACAUACCUUGCUUAAUGCCUCUCCUCUUAAUCCCGGAGGACUGACCAUGCAAGGUAUUGAUGGCUCACCUUCCGGUCUCCCUUUCGCAGGACACACUCCUUUUGUUAGGAACCUAUGUUUGGGACUCAAUUUACCUAUCAUAAAUACCGCGAAUAUUAUUCCUCCUCCGAAUCUUGGGGUUGGCGUAGUACCUUCAGUUUCUUGUGCACCUGCAGGGUGCCAAAACCCAGUUUUGUGUUAUCCUGCUUCAGUGACCCAAACGGCCCACUCGGUUAUUGAUUCUGGUCCAUCUGAUCCAUCUGUUCACACGAUUGUUCGUGGUCCAGUUAUGUACACAAGCGCCGUAAGUAUUCUUGUAGCUCAAUCCAAUUCUCCUUUGCAUAUUUUAAUUAAGCUGUAUCAUUACUGGUGGGGCCUUAUGUUAUGUGUUAUUUAGACUUUAUGUAGGUAACGCCGACGCAACUACUACCUGUUUGAUCAACCUUGAUAUUAUGAGCAUGAAAUAUGUAACUUUUCCCUGGAACUCCAUUAGCCCGCAACCAAAUAAGUUUCGUAACUUUUUCCGGAUUGUGACGCCUGUAGCUCAGUUAAGAUGCUCUGCGUAUUAGAGUCAACCAGUCAGAGAAAACAUCAUGCUCAGUUCGCUUCUCAUUACUUUGUGGUCGUGAACGUUUGUCAAAUUCAACGGCUGAUUCACAUUCGAAUCGAUUCAUCUGCGCCUCUACUGGUUAAUGAGUGGUCGUGAUUUGAUUCAACGAAGUAAUGGAAUUCAUUCUAGUAAUGAAAAAAAUAAAGAAGAAAGUCCUCCUGAUCGUAUUGUGGCUUCUUAUGCUGCUGCAGCACAUGCAGCUGCAUUGGCUUGUCAUCAACCGAUUUCCAGAGCUGCUGAAGCUUAUUUAGCCACAAACUCUUAUAACCGAUCACGUCAUUCUAAAAGACCUCGGGCAGUAAACCAUUUGUCUACUGUCACAAUAUCAACAACUUCGAACUCACUGUCUACUUUGGUGGAUACUGGAUCAAAUUAUAUUUCAUCUAAUUUAUUAUCAGUCCCUUCUUCUGGAUCAUCACUUAUUUCAUCAGAAGCUACUUAUGGAGAAUCGCAUAAAGGAUGGACUCGUCUAGUGAAUAAGAAAACACAAAAUGUAGUGUACAUAACGUCUGAUGGUACUCGUCUUCAUAACGUCGAUGAAGUAUACACAUAUUUAUCAACAAGAAAUUCAGAAUGUGAAAUUAAUUCCAGUAUAAAAGAAUUAAUCGCUGCUCAUUUCAUUUUCGCACCAACAAUCGAUGGUCCUUCGCUUGAGGAUACAUUAAACUUCGUUCAUAGAUUACAGGGUUCUGUUUUAAAAGAUGAAUCAGUGAAUGAUAACGUUUCCCAAUUUCUAACAACUGUAUCAAGUAGUGUAAAUAGUGAUAGUGUUUCACAAGCCGUUAAAUCAUCAGAGGAAGUUUCCAACUGUCGUAUUACUUUCAACGCCGAUUAUUUACCAAACUCUGACCUGCCAGCAAAACGAUCAAAAUUAUCUGAUGAUUUACUUAGUUCAGAUUGUAAGCCAAAAGAGCCAUCUACAUCGAAGGGACAGUCCGUUAACUGUUCAGUCAAUACAACUAUCAGUGCAUGUCCUACACAGUCAUUUGUAUCAUCGAAUAAUUGUGAAUUGAAUAUUUUGUGUACUGAUGCACUGUAUACUUCAUCAAUUGAUCGAAUUCAUGAAGGACCAAGUAAUUUGGGAAAUAAUCAAUUCACUCACAAACAAAACUUGAAUAACUUGAGUAAGAAUGAAGCUGAAAAUCUCGCAACUUCGUCUACUAGCGUAUUUCCUGAUGAUAUAUCUUCCAGUCGAAUAAAACCAAGUCAGUUGCAAAAUGAUAGCGAAGUAGUUGCUAAACUUACCACUGAAACGUUUACAACUGGCGCCUUACGUACAUCGUUAGCAUCACUAACUACUGAGGUUGUUCCGUCCGUUAUAUCUCCGUCCAAGCAGAUUGGUGUAAAUGCUACAAAUUUUAGUUUAUCAGACGCUACUAGUUCAUGUUUCGAUCCAUCUCAGGCAAAUUUAGCCACACUGAACGUCUUGCAACAAAAUUCUGUUAAUCCACUGUUCAUUGAACAAUUACUUGGAAUCAGUCAAAUGCGUCAUAUUCAACAUCCACAGCAGCAUAAUCAUAAUUUGAGUUCAGGCAUCACGGUCACAGUACCGACACAAAACAUCAUAGGAAACUAUCCGUUUGGUGUUUUAGCUAAUCAGUCUCUAUCAAAUCCUAUUUUAUCAUCUUUAACAGCUGAAUGGCUUUCAAAUCUUCGUUCAUCUACACAACAAUCGAUAACUAGUAGUACUCUGCCAGAGUUGACACUGAAUUCAGCUAUUGACAAUUUAAAUGCAACUUCUGUUCUUCAACAAUAUCAACAACGACAGCAUUUCUUAACUCUGGCAGCCUUACAAAAACACCAGCAAAAUCAAGCAUUAGCCCUGAUUCAAAAUGCCGUCUUGCUCCAACAACAAAGGAAUAAUAAUGUUGCAAACGCUGCUGCACUUGUCUUACGUCAACAACAAGAGCAACAGUUGGCAGUAGCUUCUUUACAAGCCCAAAGUUAUAUAGCUGCUUUGCAACAGCAGUUUACUAAUUCACAUACCUAAAAUAGACUUCUCAUCACCCCACUAAUAAUAAUAUACAUAAGUAGGAGAUUGAUUUAUUCACACCGUUCCUUAUUGGUAUGUUCUAUAUCACACAUAUCUAUUGACAAAUGUCUUUCUCAUUUGAUUCGUUUUUUUUAUUGAUUUUCUCCUUACAUUGUGCCUCCGCUAGUCUGAUAUAUUAACAGUUAUGAUAAUAAUGAUAUUUGAUAAUACUAGUCGCUCCUCAAAGGUAUACUCGUAUAUGUACACAUGUUGAUACUGGAAUUUCUACUUCUCUUGCAUUUCUUUUCUUUUGACUAAACACUUCUAUUCCUUUUGAGUUUGUAACAGUGUUCUAUAACUACAGCACUGACUUUUCAUUACCAUUCGGUCCUGUAUUUAAAUGUUAUAUUGUAAUUACAUUUUCCUCUCAAAUCUUAUUUUUUGGUAGUAUAUUUAUAUAUUGUACUAUUUGAUCAUUCUUUGUAUAGCUAUCUUGUCUUAGGUGUUUCUGUGCGUUUGUUUCCAUUUGUAUUGUUUUUCUUUGUUUAUAAUAUUCUCUCUCUCUAGCUGUCAUCAUACUAUUUUACCUAAUCAUAUUUUGGAAAUGUUAUUAUUAUUACUAAAGACGGCAUAAACAACUGAUACACUCUUUCCUAUUUAACUAGUUUCUCAUUCUGUUAAUACCAUAUAGCUGAAUCUAUCAUUUCAGGUGUUGUUACAUAACUGGAAGACAAUAUGUGUUAAGCUAUUUUUCACAAUGGGUGGCAGCCUUCUUAUAAGUAGUAUAUAUUGAACAAAAUUAAAAUUAUAUUAGUAAGCAAGUGUAAUGCUUUUAGUGGUGGCCCAGUUAAGAAAUGAUCAGUUUCCUUGCACUACUGUCUGAUACUCAUCUACUAAAGUUACUUACUUUGUAUGCUUGUGUUAAUUCAUGUGAACUGGAUAGUUUAAUUAUCAAGAUUUCAUUGGCCUUGUCAACAUAAACAUUUAAUCCAAGUGUAAGUGCAUUUUUCAGAUUAUUCUGAAAUAGUGAAUACAUUCUGUUUUGAAUAGAUUCGCUUGCGACAGGUUGUCUUCGUAUGUGUUUGUAGUCUUUACUUUCUAUUCGAGAGGAAAGAAUCAUUAUUACAAAUCAAACUAAGUAUUGAAUCAAAGAUCGCUUGAUAUGUACAUUGUUGUGAAUAAAGUAUGGUAAAGUUUCGUG